AGAAAAGAAGUUAGAGAAAGAGAGAGAGAGAGAGAGAGUGGGAUGAAAGAAAAGAGAUAAGGUUUGUUUUUAAAUUUGAAUUAGUCUUAAUAAUUCCACUAAUUAUAUCAAAUUAAUUACCCAACUUUUGGAGUGAAAAAAGGAGCCAUUUUUGGAGUUGUCUUUUUUUUUGUGGGACUGUCUCUUCUCUUCUUUUAUUUAUUUCACUCUAAAUCCACUUCUUUUUUGGUGUCCUUUCUCUUUUCUCCCAUUUUCAACUCUUCUUUUCUUCUUCUUCUUCUUCUUCUUCUUCUUCUUCUUCUUCUUCUUCUUCUUGCAAAAUAUAAUUCUCAAAAAAAAAAAAAAAGAAAAAGAAAAAAAAAGUAAAACUCUGUUUACUUUCUCAAUUAAUUUCCAUGUCCAUCAUUCUAAGGCUUCCACACACCGUUGGAUUGGUUUUGAUCAACGGUGGUAAAUAGUUCUCUCUUGUUCUUUUUCUUCUACCUCUUUACCUAAAACAGCCAUGGAAGCCACUGAAGUUUAAUUCAAUAUCCACUUUUUUAAAAAAGAUUUUCUUCUGAAAAAAAAUACAAAAUUAAUUGCCCACUUCCCAUAUCCAAAACCCAGAAAGCUUGGACUUUUUCAGGUGGAAGAAUUUUGAAAAAUAGGGGGGAAAAGAAAAGGAAGAUGUUGAGGAAUAGAUCUAGAGCUGUAAGUGGAAAACAAGCAUUAAUGGCUGAUAGUCAAAUCUCAAGAUUUUCUUCUUAUUCAUAUACAAAACCACUUGAAAAUUCCUUGUUUGGAUCACCAAAAUACAAAGCUUUUUCACCAACGAAACAAGCAAUUGAUGAUCAUACUUCUGUUAUUAGCCCAACUUCUGUUCUUGAUUCCAACAAUAAAUCCUUUUUCUCUUUACAAAAUCCCUUCAUCAAAUUACCAAAUCCCAAAGUUAUUGCCAAAACUACCAAAAUUUCCCAAGAAAUAAUUUCAGGCCCAAAAAAGCCCAUUGGGCUUGCUUUGAUUGAGGACAAAAAUGAUGAUUCCAAGCCCACCAAGAGUGUGAUUUUUAGUGCUAAACUUCGUUUACAAAUCCCUCCACCGGAUUCCACAGUGGACGGCGGCGGUAAUCAUAAUAAUAAUAAUAAUGAUAAUAUUGGGACGUUGAUGACAGUGAAGGAGAUGGAGGUUUGUGAAGAGUAUACUUGUGUUAAAAGACAUGGGCCUAAUGCUAAAAUCACUCAUAUUUUUGAUAAUUUUGUGGUUAAAACCUUGGUUGAUGAUUAUUGUCAUUAUGGUUCUUCUUGUAAUUUUUCUAUGGCGGAUCGGAGAAAGAAGAAGAAGAUGAACAACAAUGACUUUCUUAGAUUUUGUUAUACUUGCAAGAAUGAUCUUCAACUCACCAAUGAUAUCUAUAUUUACAGAGGUGAAAAAGGUUUUUGUAGCCAUGAAUGUCGCAACCAAGAAAUGCUUUUGGAUGAAGAAGAUGAAGAUUCAUCUUGAUUAUAAUCAUUUUUCUUCUUCCAUUAUAUUUUCACAAAAUUCAUGAUUUUUUUUUCUUUUUUGGGUUUUGUUUGUUUUUUUUUCCUCUCAUGCAGAUAGAGAUAAAGAGAGAGAGGUGUUUGUAGAGAGAGAGAUAAAUUAUGGUUAGAAAAAUAUGUUCAAUAUUUUGACUAA